CAACAUUUGCAAUAUAAAUCUCAAGAUAUUCUUAAUGCUAUGCAUCUUGUGGCAUCAACAAAAUCACUUAUUCAAAAGCUUAGAGAUGAAGGAUGGGAUUCUCUUUUUGAGAAAGUAAAGUUAUUUUGUGCAAAGCAUGACAUAGAAGUUCCAAUUAUGUCAGCUCCUUAUGUGGGAAGAGGAGGUCGUGCUCGCCUUCAACGAGAUCACAUUACACUUGAGCAUCACUAUCGAGUUGAUAUUUUUAAUGGUGCAAUAGAUUGUCAAUUGCAAGAAUUGAAUACAAGAUUUAGUGACAAUAUGAUAGAGUUACUUACUCUAAGUUGUGCUUUGGAUCCUAAAGAUGGUUGCAAAUCUUUUAAUAUUGAUGAUAUUUGUAAUCUUGCAAAAAGAUAUUAUCCUCAAGAUUUUACAGAGUUUGAAAGAGAAGGGUUGAGAAUAGAGCUUCGUCAUUAUGAAUUUGAAAUUUCACGACAUUUCGACUUGCAAAAAUUGGCAACUAUUUCUGAGUUAUGUCAAUGGUUAGUAACAACAAGAAAGUCAGAAAUAUAUCCACUUCUCUACCGAUUAGUUAAACUUGUACUGAUUCUUCCAGUUUCAACUGCAACUACUGAACGGGCAUUUUCUGCUAUGAACAUUAUCAAAACCGAUCUCCGGAAUAAGAUGGAUGAUGACUUUCUUACUAAUUCUUUGAUCGUAUAUAUUGAAAGAGAAAUUGCCGAGAAGUUCACCGUUGAUUCAAUUAUUGAUGGAUUUCGUGAUUUGAAGGAACGUCGAGCACUAUUCUAACUUUUGCAUGGUAUUUUUUUUGGAUUGCUCUUUUGGAAGCUUGGAAUCAUGUUGGAAGAGGAGCACCACUUUGAGUCGAAGGCCUAUGCAGGUGCGUGCAAGGUUUGGCUCA